AACAUUCAAUACCGUUCUGUCGUACUGAACGCACCCCUGAUCCCAUGGCAACGGUGCACGGAACAUUAGUUGCUAAGCAACAUUGUAGUGAAAGUUAUUUUUUUGCUAGCUGCUACUAGUCAAGUGACCUAGCUAGCUAUGAAGUUCACCCACACUUUUCUUGCAAGUCAAGACGUGUUUUUCAUUCAAAGUUCCACCCAGGAUGUGCCCAGCAUUGAAGACAGACACAGAGAUACUGAGGACAUCAGAGAAUGCCUAUGAGAGACUCAUCCUGCACCACCUACAGCACUAUGGACUCUUUACAAGCACAGAUAAUUAUUUCCAAGGCAACCUCUUAAGACAAAGAUGGAGGGAUUCCCACCACCCUGGCUCCAGCCACCCAGGGACCCACUCCUCUGACAGCAAUAAUUCCAACAUGGAGGAUGCGGAGCAGGAGCCUGGCAGGAGGGCAUUCACCUUGCACCUGGGACAGGCCCUCAGGACCAGGCAGCUGGUGAUAGAUUUUGACGGGGAGCAUCCCAUCCCCCGGCUUAGGGAGCCCCUGGACCUGUUUGCCAUCCCCUCCACCCCUUUCCAGGGGGUCCGCUGGCCCAUUGAGUAUGAGGUCUUCAAGGAAGCCAUACACCACAUAGAGUGGGACCCUCCAGACCAAGAGCCGUUCUACCAGCCCACGGGCCAUGAGAGGGCCCCCAUGCCUGUCGGGGAGGAAAAGGGGAACGUGGUUUACUGCAUUGACCCAGGCACAAAGACCUCCUACUUCACCUACUCUCGUGUGGGAGGAAGCCGGGGGCCCAUCAAGAGCUCCACCUCUUGUGCCAUGCAUCAGGACAAGUCCACCCUGGCCUUUGAGUCACGCUUUGAGAGCGGCAACCUGCAGAAGGCAGUUCAAGUCGGUGUCCAUGACUAUGAGCUCACCCUCCGCACCGACAUGUACACCACCAAGCACACGCAGUGGUUCUACUUCCGGGUCAGAAACAUGAAGGCGGGGGUCACCUAUCGCUUCACCAUAGUCAACUUGAUGAAGGCUAGCAGCCUGUACUGCCUGGGCAUGAGGCCUCUGCUCUACUCUGAAAGAGCCGCCUGGGAGAAGGGAGAGGGCUGGCGCCGAACUGGCUCCAACAUCAGAUACUACCGCAACCAGCACCACCAGGCUGAGCAGGACAACAACACUACCACCAACACAAAGUCCCUACACUCCCUUACAUGGACCGGCCAGUUCCCCUACGACUUUGAUACCUGCUAUUUGGCCCACUGCUACCCCUACACCUACUCCCACCUGCAGCACUACCUCAGCCGCCUCACCUCCAACUCGGCCACCAGCGCCUACUGCAAGCUGCGGGUGCUGUGUCGCAGCCUGGCCGGCAAUGCUGUGCACGUGCUGACAGUGACAUCACCAGGAGGGGGCUGGAUGGAUAGGAGUGCCAAGCGGGCGGUGGUGGUUACAGCCAGGGUGCACCCCGGGGAGACCAACAGCUCCUGGAUGAUGCAGGGCUUCCUGGACUUCCUGCUAGGAGAGUCAGACGACGCCAGGCUGCUGAGGGAGACUUUUGUGUUUAAGGUGGUGCCCAUGCUGAACCCAGACGGGGUGGUUGUGGGGAACUAUCGCUGCUCUCUGGCCGGCAGGGACCUGAACAGGAACUACAAUACCCUGCUGAGGGACUCCUUCCCCUGUGUCUGGCACACCAGGAACAUGGUCAAGAGACUGAUGGCUGAGAGGGACGUGGUGUUGUAUUGUGAUUUCCACGGUCACAGUCGUAAGAACAACGUCUUCAUGUAUGGCUGUACCAACAGCGAUGAUGCCACACAACGGCUCCAUGAGAGAGUCUUCCCGCUCAUGAUGAGCAAGAACGCCCAUGACAAGUUCUCGUUCAGGAGCUGUAAGUUCAGAGUUCAUCAGAGUAAAGAGGGAACAGGACGCGUCGUCAUGUGGAGGCUAGGCAUCAGGAACAGCUACACCAUGGAGUCCACCUUCGGAGGCUCCACUCUGGGGAACAGGAAGGGGACCCAUUUCACCACCAGGGACCUGAAGUCUCUGGGGUACUACUUAUGUGACACACUGCUGGACUACUGUGAUCCCGACCCAACCAAGACCAGUCACUGCCUAGCUGAGUUGCGGGCAAUGUUAAGGCAGGAGCUCAGAGAGAGGCUGGGCCGGGAUGUCGACUCUGAUGGAUCUCUCAGCAUCUCCAUUUCUGACAUUGAGUCCAGUACCAGCGGCUCAAACAGCACAGAGUCUGAUGGCCUGCCUGUCCAUCUACUGAACCGAAUUGAUGAGCAGAGCCAAGUGAAGAAGAAACACCUGAGGAGUGGUAAGGAGAGGAACAGACUGAGACAGGAGAGAGUGAGAAACGUUGACCCAAAGGUCCUCCACAGGAACAUCAAGAACAUAGACCCUGUGCUACCCACUGAGGACAUGGUGAAGGUGAGGAUCCAGGAAAAGACGGUGGCCGUGGUCAGAGAGAAGAAGAAGAGAGAGGUGCCGUUUGUGGUGAAAGUGAGCCGUCAGACAGAACGCUCCUGGAUCCCCCAUCCCACCACUCGCAUCGGGGUCAUAGGCCAUGUGACCCUCUGGCAGGAGGAGGAGUCAGAGAAGAAUGAAUACCUGGAUGCUGUAAGGGCUGCAUACCUGCGUACUCAGCCACCUGUCACAGAGGAGCCGGAGGAGGAGCGGCUGCAGUAUUGGAGUCCCCAGCUGCAGUUUGGCUCCUCCCAGGCCCCGCGGCCGGGACCUCAGCGGCGCCCCUUAUCUUUUACAGCUGUACAGCAACGCGGCUUCUCUGUGCCUGUGCCCACCUCGAAGAUCAGGGUUCACACCACCCCCAUUCAGCAGCAACCCAUGCCCUUCAGCCCCGAUCACAGAAGCCACGCUGGGAUGAGAGAGAGGAUGCCUGCUUUACACAGCAGUUCUCCCCCAGUAGUUUCGAGCAUGCAGUGCAGGGUGGUCCCUGAGUUCAUCCCGCCACAAGGCCUGGAGCCCUGCCGCUCUUCCAACGUCUACCCAGCCAAGUCCCACCACCAGUGGCCACGCCCAGAGAAACAAGGUCACGCAGCCCGGGUCUCCAAACGCUACUACAUGCCAGAGGCUCCAACCUCUAACACAGAUGCCUUAGAGCCCCUAUGGAGGAGCCCAGAAAGGGACUGCACAGCAGGUGUAUCAGACGCUAUGCCUGUGGGUGAGCAGGACCAGAGUGGACCUCAAGCAGCCUUUGAGAAGCCACCGAGUAAACCUGGGACAGACGGUAACUCCUUCCUGCCAGACCUGAGGCACAUAGACUUCAGAGGGAAAAGCCAUGGCUGUCUAUGGGGAGACCAGGCAGGGGCUGGAGUACAGAGGCAGGGCCCCUCAAAGAGAGAGCCGCUGAGGGGGGGAGAAGGCAGGCGUGUAUGUGGAGGAGAUGCAGCAGCAAGGCGUGUGAAAAGCAACCACAGGUUGGCCCAGCAGACAUUGCAAGAGGAGGAUAAACAGGAAAUGGGCAUUUUACCCCAGAUGUCCUCGACCACCCACACCAAGAUAGAUCAUCUGCCCCGACAGCUAGACAGUCUACGUAGGCUCCAGAAACUCAGCCUGGCCAAUACCUCCAGGUUCCACUCCAGUGGGAGAGGGGCGGAAGCAGGGACAGGGUUGGAUCAGGAGAAGAGGAUGGUCGCCAGACCGUCAGGGUCUGCCCCUCCUCGCAGUACAGCACCUUUGAGCUGAGAACCAGGCAGGGACACACAUUGGCAAAUGUACCAGACAGACUGCCGAUACGAACCCCUGAAGAUAGGCGGAGACUAUAGGAAGUUUCUGCUCUAUUUUGACCACAAGAAGAUGUACAGCACAUUGCCUUUCAGGUGGAUAUCGAAAUUACAUGUAUUUUUGCCUUGAUUGUGUGACUUUCUUAUUUGAUGAGUCUACGUGUCACUUUAAAUCUAACUGAACUGUUUUGCAUACUUUUUAUAAUAUUUUGUAUCCAUUUUUCAUAAUGUAAAUUAUUUAUUUUUCAUUUCUCAAAUGGGGGCGUAAUCAGAUUGAGUCACUCCCAAUGCAGAAGUUAUUUCUGUUAAUCAAGAGACAGCUCAUCAUUAAUCAUAAAGUAUCAUAUAACAUCAGUCCAGAAAAUACUGUCUCAGUAUUACUGGGCAGCCCGCGUAAUAUUAUCAAACUGUCUAUGCAUGUCUUCAUCAUUCAGACACAAUGUUACUGUAGCAUAAACCUUGUGAAACAUAGAUAUUUAGCAGACACUUAUCCAGAGCGACUUAAAAUUAGUGCAUUCAUCUUAAGAUAGCUGGGUGAGACAUCCACAUAUCACGUGACAAAAAAUAUAUACAGUUUGUAUUUUUAGUCACAUAUACAUUUAAUCUCUUCACAUCUGUACAAAAAAAAUCACUGAAUGUACACAUGGUAUAAAAAGACAUAUGUAAAUUGCUGAACAUGGUCCACUGAUAACAAAACUGAGGGCUGAAUCCUAACUUGAGAUACAUGUAAGUAGCAUGUAAGUUUCUCCUUACUCAUAAUCAACAUUAGGAGAUACAGUAUACACGACUCUCUUUCCUGUGUUUCCAAGUGUUCAUCUCUUUCUGUGUGUCCGCUCAGCCGAGCAGUCAGGCGGCCCUCAGCUCCUGAAUCCCAUCAAACCAGAGCUGCCAACUCUCACGCAUUGACUGUGAGACAUGGAUUUGACCCUCAUCUCACGCUCCCACGGCACACCUCUUACAUCUCACACAUUGAAAAGUACUGCAUUUAUUUUUCUAAUUCGUGUUGUGCUCCAAAUCGUUUUGAAAUUGGAAAAUCUGCGACCGAGGUAAAGACUUUAUUCAGGUUGGAUAUUCAACGGAUAUUUGCCUGUAGUUUUCCUAACGUCCACCAACAGCAGUUAGGGACCGUCAACGUAUUGACAAAUCACAUUUUUAAAAUUUCAAUAGCUCUUUAACCAUUACUCCUAAAAUGUUCAAAACGGAUUCUAGCUAACCUGAUGGCAGAGACACAUAUUGCACACACUAUUUUUUAUUUUUUUUUGUCAAUUUACAUCUCGCACUAUUUUAAAUUAUUUAUAAAACAUCUUGUAAUUCAAUAGCGCCUUGGUCAUGUCACAAACCUCAAAUAAGGUUCAUAAUGUACACUCAGUGGGCCUAACUCAUUGCACACCCUUUUGCUUGUCCAUUUGCAUCUCAUGAGAUUUUAUGAUACAUUUUUUAAAGUUUCAAAUUUCAAUAUUUCCUUACCGUCAUGACCUACAACCCUUUCAGAAUAUCCACUGAGUACCAAGGUAAAGACAGUUUCAGGUUGGAUAUUCACCAGAUAUUCACACUUUCAAACCUCAAUAGCUUUCAAACCACUUGAGCCACAGACUCCAAAUAAGUGUCAUGAUGUUGGAAACAUUGUGCAGAUCUUAUUUUCACGAUUUGGACAAUAAUUCACUUUUCAAAGCUAGUAAAUGUGUAAAUGUGAGCAGCUUUCCGUAUUAGUUAGGGAGCGUAAACAAAGUACAAACUUGUCUUACAUUCGAAUUUCAAGAGCUCCUUGGUUCAGAAUGUCCACUCAGUGGGCCUACACAUUGCACACCCUUUAGUUUGUCCAUUUUCAUCUCACACGUUUUUACAUGCAUUUUUCAAACUUUAGAAUUUCAAUAGCUCCUUGGUCAUGUGACCUAAUGACCUCAAACAAACUUCAGAAGGUUCACGGACUAGCCUUAUAUAUUGCACACUCUUGUUUGUUUACUGUAAUCUCAUGUCAAUUACACACCUAAGACGUGUGCAGUGGACAUAUACCCAUAUUGCAUAACUUUUAGUUAUGUAUCUUCUAUAUUGUUGUACAUUAAUAUAAUAUUAGUUUGACAAUUAGCCCCAGAUUUUUAGCAACAAAAAAAUAUAUAUAUAAAUAUUUAUAUUGUUUUGGCUUGCCUGUUUUGCAUGUUAUUUUGGCAUUAAUGUGUCACAUAUCAGUUUGCAAACAAUGUCAAAAAUAAAUUUAUAUAUAUAUAUAUUAUAUAAUUCAGUUAAAACCUCUACAGGAUUGGUGUCCCCCCCACGGGACGGUUGAGCUAACGUAGGCUAAUGUGAUUAGCAUGAGAUUGUAAGUAACAAGAACAUUUCCCAGGACAUAGACAUAUCUGAUAUGGAUAAUUAUUGUUAAACUAAAUGCACUGUCCAAUUCACAGUAGCUAUUACAUUGAAAGAAUACCAUGCUAUUGUUUUAGGAGAGUGCACAGUUAUGAAGUUGAAAAUGUAAUAAUAAACCAAUUAGGCACAUUUGGGCAGUCAAUACAACAUUUGAACAGAAAUGCAAUGGCUCAUUGAAACAGUACACUGCUUCCAAAUUGCGCCUAACUUGGAAUAUUACAUUUUGGCCUUGUUCUUGCAUUUAAAGAUGAUGGAACAAAAAAACACAUGUUUUUCUUUGUAUUAUCUUUUAUCAGAUCUAAUGUGUUAUAUUAUCCUACGUUUCACAUUUCCACAAACUUCAAAGUGUUUCCUUUCAAAUGGUAUCAAGCAUAUGGUUAAGGUCCUUGCUUCAGGUCCUGAGCUACAGGCAGUUAGAUUUGGAUAUGUUAUUUUAGGCGAAAAUUGAAAAAAAGGGUCCGAUCCCUAAGAGGAUUUAUUAAAGCUGCAUACACA